AUGGCUUUGUUUGAGGUUGAAGGCUGGAAUAUCAAAGCCAAAAAGGUUGCCAUUGGCGGGCUUCAAAAUGAUAAAAGUAAGAAACUGAAGAGGGAGAAGAGGGAGAAGAAAAAGCGUGCAGCAGAAGAGGUUCAGGAUAUUGAUCACAGCAAUGAGCCAAAGAAGCCCAAGCAUAAUGAAACGAAAGCAAGUAAGUCCGAAAAGAAUGAUACGGAAUCUCAACAGGAAAAGAAGGAGAUCCCGGCUCCUUUGCCCUCCGUUUCAAAAAACUUGACACCUUUGCAACAGAAGAUGAUGGCUAAGCUCUCAGGCUCGCGGUUCAGAUGGAUCAAUGAACAAUUAUAUACCACGUCAUCUGAACACGCUCUACAAUUAGUUAAAGAACAGCCUUCGCUUUUUGAUGAGUACCACCAAGGUUUCAGAUCUCAAGUGCAACUGUGGCCGGAAAAUCCUGUUGAUGUUCUCGUGGAUCAGAUAAAAGCCAGAAGCGCGAAACCUGUUAAUGCGCCUGGUGGUUUGCCUGGGUUGCCUAAUAAAAAAGUCGUGAUUGCGGACAUGGGCUGUGGUGAAGCGCAACUUGCUUUGGAUGUCCAGAAAUUCCUUAGCGAACGCAACCAUAAAAAACAAAGUGGACCAAAGACCAAAAAAUUUGGACCAUCUAAAAAUUUGGACAUUGAAGUCCAUAGCUUUGAUUUGAAAAAGGCUAAUGAACGGGUGACUGUGGCUGAUGUGAAGAAUGUUCCUAUGGAAGAUGAGUCCUGUACCGUCGUCAUCUUUUGCUUAGCAUUGAUGGGUACUAACUUUUUGGAUUUUAUUGAGGAGGCGUACCGUAUUUUGGCUCCAAACGGUGAACUUUGGAUUGCUGAGAUCAAGUCGAGAUUCAAUGAAUCGACUAAUUCCAAAGGUAAGCCAGUGAAGCCAGAAGAAGUGGGAUCUGAAUUCGUCGACUCUUUGAAAUUACUUGGGUUUUUCCACAAGAAAACAGAUAACGCAAACAAAAUGUUCACUCGGUUUGAGUUUUUCAAACCAUCCCGAGAUAUCGUGAAUCAGCGCAAAGAAAAGUUGGAGAGGAAAAAGAAGUUUAUUGAACAGGAGUCGCAGAAAGAGGAACUCGAAAAGAAAAGAAAACAGAAACCGGAGGGCGAAUGGUUAUUGAAACCAUGCAUAUACAAAAGACGGUGA